GUCAGCAUGCACAAUACCAGGAUCUCUCCUAUGAAACCAUCAAUAAUGGUUUUGAACACACUUGUGCUUUUCCUACUAUGACAUGUCCACAUGUCUGCCGUGAAAAAGGUCUAUUUGGGGUGUUCAAAGGGGAGCAUGACAGAAAAGAAAAAAAUUGGGAACCAGAGAAGAGACACACAAUCUCGGUGGAUUAUUUUAAUUUCCAAUUUUGAGUCUUGUGACACAUCGCCAGGGGGCGCUUGGGGUCUGUCUUGACGCUGCACACUGAAGACGCUGUAGAAGAAGAGUUAGUAUAGUAAACACAAGGAUAUGGCUGACGAGAGGGCUGGAGGUGAAGACAACAUUAACGACAACAUGGGGAACCAGUUACAGCUUUUACCAGACAACGAGGAAGAGGAGGAGGAAGAUAACAUGGAGACUGAAGACCGAGACAGUGAGGUAGCAGAGAAGCCCACCCUCAUCACCUUUGACCCCAGUCUUCCCACAUCACAUGCUUACCUGGGUUCAGACAUGGAGGAGUUUCACGGCCGUACAGUCCACGAUGAAGACAGCUGUCAGACCAUCCCUGUGCUGCCACACACAGCUGUGAUGCUGGUGCCAGGCCAGACGCUGCCUCUGCAGCUCUUCAGGCCGCAGGAGGUCAGUAUGAUGCGGAGCAUCAUUCAGAGAGACCGCACCUUUGCUGUUCUCGCACACAGCAAUGACACAGGUGAGCCGGAUGCAGAGUUUGGGACAACAGCGGAAAUCUAUGCUUACCGAGAAGAGCAGGAAUAUGGCAUUGAAACUGUCAAAGUGAAAGCUGUGGGGAGGCAGAGAUUCAAGGUCCAUGAGAUAAGAACUCAGGCAGACGGGAUCAGACAAGCCAAAGUACAGAUCCUUCCAGAACGAAUCCUUCCAGAUCCUCUCUCUGCCGUGCAGCUAACAACCCUCUCCAGGCUCCACAUGCACCCCUCCUCCAAACCCCCAACUCAGAGCUGCAAACAGGUUCAGCACUGGUGGAAUAACUACCAACAGAGGAAGUUUCACUGUGCCAGUCUGACGCCAUGGCCACCCUGGGUCUACGCUCUCUACGACUCUGAGUCGCUAAUGAACAGAGUGAAGAAACAGCUCCAUGAAUGGGACGAGAAUCUGAAGGAUGACUCUCUCCCGACGAACGCCGUAGACUUCUCCUACAGAGUGGCAGCCUGUCUGCCCAUAGAUGACGCUCUGCGGCUCCAGCUGCUGAAGAUCGGCAGUGCCAUUCAGAGACUUCGCUGUGAACUGGACAUCAUGGACCGGUGCACGUCACUGUGCUGUAAGCAGUGCCAGGACACAGAAAUCACCACAAAAAUUGAGAUCUUCAGCUUGUCUCUGUACGGCCCCAUGGCUGCAUACGUCAACCCUCACGGUUACGUCCAUGAAACCCUGACUGUCUACAAAGCAAGCAACCUCAACCUGGUCGGCAGGCCAUCCACACUGCACAGCUGGUUUCCAGGGUACGCCUGGACAAUUGCUCAGUGCCGAACCUGUGGGUCUCAUAUGGGUUGGAAGUUUACAGCCACCAAGAAGGACUUGACUCCAGCUCGUUUCUGGGGUCUGACCCGUUCAGCUAUGCUCCCUCGUAUCCCCCAGGACAAGGGGGAGGAGGGGAGACAGGGCUCCCGCCUCUUCUGCCUGUGAAGUUGAACUAUCAUUUAUCGUAAAAAAACAACAACAAAAAAACUGCUAACCCCCCAAGCCUGGAUCUUCAUGCACUCUCUGGCUGCGAUUAUCUCUAGUAAUCAAUGCAUCACACAGCGCCUGUCACCCUUAGCAGUAAAUCCAUCAUAUUAGCGGAAAGGUCAGUAGGCCUUUUAAAUGGCGCUCCUAGAGCAAAUUAGAACAGGAUAGAGGUAGUGAUUGUUCUUAAAGGUUCUUGAGAUGUAAAAGCAGCAGUGAGACAACUAAGUGCAUUGUGAGAAAGUGAUGAAGAAAUAGAGAAUAACCGAUUGAACAGAUUGUUUCCUGCACCCUCGGUAGCUGCAAGACACACAAACACAAAAGCUAUGCUUAAUGCAUAAUUUCCCUUCAACUCCUUUCCUCUGUAUGAUGGAGAGUCUUAUUGCAUGCAGCUGAGAUAGCGAUAUUGUUGGUCACAUACUUGAAUCUGUUGUAAAAAACCAACCAGUUAAUAUGAAUUAUCUUAGCAUUCAGAUCCUUUUGUGGGUUUCUCAGAUAUGUUUUUCUCAUUUAAGCUGCCGUAAGGUAAGUGGAGGGAAUGAAAGGGCACUUGUGUGUAGAUCUGUCACUAUAGGGGAUAUUUUGAAUCUUGGAAUUAAAUUGGAUGUAUUUUUGUAUGCAAAAAGAUUGGAAAGUAAUUUAACAUAUUCAUCCAUGUGUGCUUUUUAUUAUCACAUCAGUUUUUUUAUGAAAUAAACAAAAACUGAGGUGACAAUAACCACAAUGUAUAAUAUACUGGUGUAUAUUGAUAUGUGAUAUAACUGGUGUCUGUUUUGUAUUCAACGAAGGUUCAUUGUCCUGUCAGAUGAUGUGCUUCAGGAAACAAGUGGAAAUUAGAGAUGUCCUGGUGUCUAAUGUUUUUUUUUUUCUAUAAAGGUUCAAGCUAAUUAACACAGAGAGCGAGAGAAUCUUUUACACAUCUUCAUUUAGUUUGUUCAUGUGUGACAUGUUAAAAUGGUGUGCCUACACCACAGCUCGUGUCUUUUGAUGAGUUUGAUGAAUUCGUGAACCACGGAUGUCAAUAAAAAGGUUGUAAGUGAUGAAGAGAUAAGAUUUACAUAAUUCAACAGGGUUUUUUUUUUUUAACAGGGUUUUUUUUUUUGUGGUUUGUACUUUCACAGUUUUCUGGAUUUUACUUCUUGCGAUUUUGUUGCAAGGUGCUGGCUCUUGUUUGUAUAAAUGUAGCUGUAAGUAAGAGGCAGUUAUAGCAUUUUUUGUGCAAUAUAAAUGUUCUACUGUUUGUAAGGCUGACUCUUAUCUCGCAUAUAUCUUCAUGUCACAGGGAAUUGUUUCAAAAUAAUCUUUUCAUUAGUAAGUCAUUAAUCGCAAUAAAUCAUCUAGAUUGUGAAGAGGUUUUGUCGAAUUCAAUUUUUGGAUAUUUUCUUAAAGGAAGACGAUGUAUACUACUCUCUCAUGUCUGUAGGAUAAAUAUUUAGCUACCACCAGCAGCUGGUUAGCUUAGCAUAGAACACUGACUGGAAACCGAUAAACCGCUAGCCUGGCUCUGUCUAAAGGUAACACAAUUUACCUACAAGCACCAUUACAUUUUAUUAAUCACAUAUCUUGUUUGUUUAACUCAUGGAAAAGCCGUGAGUUAAACAAAAAGUGUAAGAAAGAUAAUUUGUGAUUUUUCAGAGGUUAUUGGCAAUUUCCUGGAUGUGGAGAUUCCUAUUCCCAGUUUUCACUUUUGUUUUUUUUCUUUUAGAUUAAACAAAUGAGGCUUUUUUAAACACCGCCAGGCUAGCUGCCUCCCUGUGUUUCCAGUCAUUAUGCUAAGCUAAACUAACCAGCUGCUGACUGUAGCUUGAUAGCCUAUUUACCGUGCAGCUAUGAGAGUAGAAAUAUGGUCAUAACUGUUAUUUAAAGGGUGAUGGUUUUUCAUUUGAAAAUGAUUACAUGUUAGUCUUACGGUCUAUAUAUAUAAGCACCAUGUCAUGGGUGUACAGUUCUGAGUUGUGUGACAUAUCACUUGAGGCAAUUUAGCAGACUUUACUCAGCUCCCCUCUACAGCCACAAAAGGCUUUUUUCACAUAUCCAGUCAUAUUCCCCAAGACCUGGAAAUAGACUUUAAUGUGUCAAAUCGGUGGAGUUCCCCUUUAAGAAUCAGAAAAUGUAAACUUCCUCAGAAAUGUGCCCGCAUUUAUUUUGAUUACAUUCACAUUUUAAAACUUAUACUUCUUAUCAUAUCAUUUUAUUUCAUAAAAGGAAGGUUUUCACCCUGAAAAUACCAGGUAAAAAUCUUAAAUCCCAUGUUACGCCUCUUUAAAUUCUGUCAUGUUGCUGAUUCAGUGUUUGCAGGCUGUCAGACUUUCAUUCACCCCCAACAAUAAAAUGGAUAGCCUACUUCACUGAAGAAAUCAAUGGCAUUGUUCUAAAAACAGCUUUUUCUUGUUUUUUUUUCAAUGAUAUUCAGUGUACCACAAAGUAAAAUAAACAUGCAGUUAUCUUGU